AUGGAGUUUUCAGCCUGGUCUGCUCCAGUUGAUGAUAAUAAAAGUAGCUUAGUUGAAAUGGCAAGUCUUAAAAAUAAAGGCACCAGACCACAGACUCUCCAAACUGGCCCUGUUACUAUGGGGGCUUAUACGACACUUCCAGCUGCUGUAGUUACUAUUGCAAUGUUACAAUUAUUGCGCGUAUAG